CUAUAUGUGUAAAGGCAGUUAUAAAUAGCACAGUUACAACACACGACUCACGACGCGCAACACUUGUGUUUACGUUCUAAAGUGUCACGAAGAAUAUAUUUCAAAGUGUUCUUGACGGUACGGUCUGAUGUACAUGCCUCAUUUGAUUGAAUAAUAAACAAUAUAUUCUGUACAAGAUGAUGAAAAAUCUCGAAGUAUUCCACAGAGCUUUAAAACUACUAGAAGCGACAUCAAAGAUCUCAAGUGUUAGUGUAAGAAGGUUAAAUGCAUGGGGCCAAGAUGGUACAAUAAAAUCGCCGUAUAAAAAUAUUGAAAUACCAAAUUGUACUUUAUAUGAAUAUAUAUGGCAGAAUCUGGACAAAUGGCCAGAGCGUACGGUAUCGGUGACUGUUAUGUUGCCCAAUAUUCCCGACUUUCCCCUCGUCGCAUUGGGAAUAUUAGAAGCUGGGGGUGUUAUUAGUACAAUUAACCCCGUAUAUACCCCACAUGAAAUACAACGACAAUUGCUACUAAGUGAAGCAAAAGCAGUUGUAACUAUUUGCGAAACAGUGAACACUGUUAAAGAAGCUAUAAAAUUAGCAAAAUUAAAUAUUCCUAUAAUAGCUGUAAAGACUAAUGGAGAAUCAGUACCACAAGAUAUAGUUUCAUUCCAUGAAUUGACUGAAGAUGUACAUAUAGAUAAGUCCUGUUUGAAAGAAGUCAGACGAAGUAUUGACGAUAUUUGUUUCUUACCAUAUUCAAGUGGAACUACAGGACUUCCUAAAGGCGUACAACUAUUAAUUUUAUCAGCCAUUAAAAAUGUAAACAAUCUUAUAGAUAAGCAAUUAAAUUAUAUAACCACACAUCAGGAUGCUGUGAUGACAGUUCUACCUCUGUUCCACAUAUACGGUGCUUCAGUAUUGAUGUUUCACAAAAUGUCACAAGGUAUAAAACUGGUGACGGUGGCUAAGUUUCAACCGGAAACAUUGCUAGAUGCACUGGAAAAAUACAAGACAAAUGUUUUAUUUGUUGCACCACCACUUGUGAUAAUGAUGGCGACGCAUCCUGCUAGUUCACCGAAGAAGUUCCAGUACUUGGAAACAAUCGUGAACGGCGCUGCGCCGCUAUCAGAAACCGAUGCAGAGAGAUUCUUCACUAAAUCAGAGCGUAAGCUAGAUUUCAGACAAGGUUAUGGAUUAACUGAAACAUCUCCAGUCGUUGCCUUAACUCCUCGAGGUAUGGAUAACUACGGUUGUGUUGGAUACCCUAUACCAAGCACGAAUCUGAAGAUUGUCAACAGUGAAAUGAAAACUUUAGGUGCUAAUGAGAAAGGCGAGCUGUUAGUAAAAGGUCCACAAGUGAUGAGGGGGUACAAAGACAAUGCCGUUGCGGACAAAGAAACAUUCACCGAAGACGGCUGGUUCCGGACAGGAGAUUUGGCGAUAGCGGACCACACGGGAGUAAUCACCAUAUCGGAUAGACUGAAGGAAUUGAUCAAGGUAAAAGGCUUCCAAGUGCCUCCGGCGGAAUUGGAGGCAGUUCUUCGUGAACAUCCUGACGUUAGUGAGGCAGCUGUCAUUGGUGUACCUCAUCCAAGAAAAGGAGAAUCUCCUAAAGCUUUUGUCGUUCUAAAAUCAAAUUCUAAUACUAGUGCUAAAGAGAUAAGUGAAUUUGUUGAAAAGAAGGUAGCACCUUACAAAAAAAUUAACGAUAUAAUGUUCAUAGACAGUAUACCAAAAAGUUCGGCGGGAAAAAUUCUAAGACGAAUAUUGAAAGAGAAAUACUGUUAAGGCAUUUUAAUAGUAAGAGUCAACUGAUAUAUUGUAUUGAACAUUUCAUAAAACAAAAAUUAAGAUAAGAUCGAAAUUUGGAUAUCAUUUAUGUGGCAUUCCAAAAAAACUAUUAUAUAAGUAUUUUUUUUAAUACUUGUACUUUUCACUUACAUAAUUGUUUUCUGCUUAAUAAAAUGGUUUAUAAAGUGGAAUGGAUACUUUGUCGUGCGCUUUGAGCUGUUUUUCGAUAUUCGAUGAAAAUGUUAACCUUUACAGUUUUUUUUUUGGACUAUCUUAAAUCUUCUAUAUUAAUCUACUUUAAGUCUAACUUACUAAGAAUUUCAUAUAGAACUUCUAAUCUCAGUGUUUGUCUAUCGUCAACCCAUUAUACCGUAAUGAUAUCAUUUUGGUCUAUAAAUUUUAAUAUUGUCGGUCUAUAGUUUUUAAGUAUUUACGUUGUUAUUUUAAUAAUAUUGUUAAUUAAGUAAAUAGGGUAAAUAAGACUGGAAAGGACCAUUAUUGUUUAAUAUUUUUAUUUUGUAUUUAUUUUAAUAAUUAACAAAUGAAUAAAAAAUCUACACAAUGACAUUUAUUACCACUGUUUUUUUUGUAUUCGGUGUCCCUUAAUAUAGAUUAAAAAAUCUUCACUAAGGGUCUCAUAAGGCACAAGUAUUUGCAAAAGGUAUGUUACAAUAAAGAGCAAUAUUUUAAAUGAAAGGUACUACUUGAAUAAGCUGUCAGGAUUGUUAUCAAAUAUUAUAUUUUUUUAUUAAUCUUAGCAUUUGUUUUAUCUAGUUAUAAAAAGGCAGUUUUAUAUUUUAAAAAAGUUAUAUAUAUAAUAAAUUAUUACUCUAUUGUAAGGGCUUUCAAACAAGGUAAAGCAGGUCGAUUUUAAACUAAAUUUUCUUCAUCCUGAAUGAGAAAAAUACUGCCGAAACUCAAUGUUUCUUCUAGUCUAUUUUACCAUGAGUUUUUCUUCACCGAAACACAUGUAAAAGAACAUGCUUCAUUCUCUUUGGACAAAAUAAUUGAGAUCGCAUAUUUUUCUACUGGAUUUAUAGCGAAACUCAUGGUUCCUUCCUUUUUAGUAACAGCUAGUAUGGUUACUUUUAGAAUUAUUUAUACACUUAUUUACUUG